GUCGCGCGCGCCGCCUGUAGUUUCCCUGGCCUGCGGCUGGCGCGAGCAGACAGUAGUGUGUCAGUUAAGUUAAGACCCGGUUCCGUCCGGUUCAGACCCGUUCCGACCCGCUUCCCCGGAGCUCCAGACUCGCCAUGUUGUGCAGGUUCGCUGGCACUCGAAGGUUCACUGCCGCCACCCCCUUGGGCUCGGCCCUGAUCUCUGUGGUGUCCAGGCAGAAGCACAUGCUCCCGGACCUGCCCUACGAUUAUGGGGCUCUGGAGCCCCACAUAAGUGCUGAGAUCAUGCAGCUGCACCACAGCAAACAUCACGCAACGUACGUCAACAACCUCAACAUCACAGAGGAGAAGUACAAAGAAGCGCUGGCCAAGGGUGACGUGACCACACAGGUCGCUCUGCAGCCAGCUCUGAGGUUCAAUGGUGGAGGUCACAUCAACCACAGCAUCUUCUGGACGAACCUAUCCCCCAGCGGUGGGGGGGAACCCCAAGGGGAGUUGAUGGAGGCCAUCAAGCGAGACUUUGGUUCCUUUGAGAAGAUGAAGGAGAAAAUGUCUGCAGCUUCAGUGGCCGUGCAGGGCUCUGGCUGGGGUUGGCUCGGAUUUGACAAGGGGAGUGGCCACCUGCGGAUUUCUGCUUGUGCCAACCAGGACCCCCUGCAGGGCACUACAGGCCUCAUCCCACUGCUUGGUAUUGAUGUGUGGGAGCACGCCUACUAUCUCCAGUACAAGAACGUGAGGCCUGACUACGUGAAGGCCAUCUGGAAUGUGGUCAGCUGGGAGAAUGUGAGCGAUCGUUUCAAGGCUGCAAAGAAAUAAGACUGAACAUGUGAGUGGAGCUGCAGGUAGAAGCAUUGGCAUUCCUACGGCGACCAUGACCCUGACUUGUGACUUGGCUCUAAUUCAGGCUGCUAAACCAUACAGUCUGCUGAUUUGACGUCCUUGUGUAUCACAUAAACAGAUAAUCUAUUUAGUUUUGAUGUGGAAAUUAAAGUUAAUUUAAAAAGC